AUGAGUUUCUAUUUGGGUAGCAUAAUAAUUAUAUUCCAUGUACUCUUCCGUAAUGUGACUGAAGGUAUAAAUGUAAACGGAGAGAAUAACUAUGGAAAAACAAUAGUUAGUAAUGAUUUGAAUUUAGAUGAUUACAAUUAUUGGACACCAAUAAAUAAAAAGGAAUAUUUAAAUUCCUAUGAAGAUGAAUUUUCAAAUGAAUCCUUUUUAGAAAAUAAAUCUAGUGUUGAUGAUGGAGAUAUAAAUUUAGGUGAUGUAAGUGGAAGCAAAAGUGCUAAAAGAGGACAUGCUAGAAGUAGAGCAAGAUCUGCAUCAGCUGCUGCAAUUCUUGAAGAAGAUGAUUCAAGAGAUGAUAUGGAAUUUAAAGCUUCUCCUUCAGUAGUUAAAACUUCUACUCCAGCAGCUACACACACAUCUAGUUCAAAAUCAUCUAGUCCAUCUAGUACCAAAUCAAGUCCAUCAAGUGUAAAAUCAGCAAGUCCACAUGGUGAAACUGAAGAAAGUACUACUAAAACAUCAAAAAGAAGUGCUUCAGUUUCAGGUAUUGCAGGUGCAGAACAAGAAGAAAGUAGUGCACCAAAAAACACCCUCACACCAUUGGAAGAUUUACUUGGUACAAAAGAGCAAAUAUUUGACUAUAGAUAUUCAUUAAAUAAUAUGGAAGAAAAUAUUAAUACACUUAAAAAUGAAGGAGAAUUAGUUGCACAAAAGGAAGGAUUUGAUUUUGAUGAAGAUAUGAAAAAAAAUAAAGAAGAAAGAGAUAAAGCACUUGAGAAAAUAGGAAAAGAAACAGAUGAAGAACCAUUUAUGUUUUCAGAAAAUAAAUUUCUUGAAAAUCAAGUAAAAGAUAGAAAUGUUGCUGGAUCCUUUUCUAGAUUUUUCAGUAAAUUAAAUCCUUUUAAGAAAGACGAAGUAAUAGAAAAAACUGAAGUAUCAAAGAAGGUAUAUUCAGGUAUAAGUUUUAAUCUAACUGAUGAAGAAGCUAAAAUAUUAAGUGUCAGUUCAACCUAUAAAGAAUAUCCAGAAACCAUGUUAUAUAACUGUCCAAACAAUUCCUAUUUAUUUGAUACUAUAGAAUCAUUAAAAGGAAGAUUAGUUGAUAUUAAAAAAAGAGAAUCUAACAUAACAACAACCUUCGAACAACAUAAAGAAUGUUUAAAAAAAAUGGGUCUACUUGAACUUGAAUUAAAUGAUACUGAAUGUAAAUACGGUUCAUGUAUCGGUAGCUUUGGAGAAAACCAUCUUAGAUUAUAUGAAUUUGAAAAUGACUUAUUUAAAUAUCAUCCAAAUGUUGAUUAUCUAACUUUAGCUGAUGGAUAUAAAUUACAAAAAAAUCAUAUAUAUGAAUUAUCCAAUGUAAACUUUUGUUUAUUAAAUCCUAAAACAUUAGAAGAAUUUUUAAAAAAAAAAGAAAUCAAAGAUCUUAUGGGUGGUGAAGAUCUUGUAAAAUAUCAAGAAAAUUUUGAGAAGUUUAUGAGUAUAUCCAUAACAUGUCAUAUUGAAUCUUUAAUAUAUGAUGAUAUUGAAGCUUCUCAAGAUAUUGCUGCUGUUUUAAAAAUUGUUAAAAGUAAAUUAUAUGUAAUCACAUCAGGUUUAACAUAUAAAGCAAGAAAAUUAGUAUAUAAAAUUUUUAGUGAAAUCCAAAAAAAUCCAGAUGAUAUCUAUGAAAAAUUAACAUGGAUUUAUGAUAAUAUCUAUAUGUUUAAAAGAUAUUAUACUUCAUAUGCUUUACAAGAUAUCUGUACAUAUGUUGAUGUUGAUAGAACUCCAAUGGAUACAGAAAUACAUGUUUAUAACAGAAUAGUAGAUUAUGUUCGUUAUUAUAGUUCAUGCUUUAAAAAUGUUAUUAUUUAUAAUGCUAUCAUGUCUGGUAUACAUGAAAAAGUAAAACAUUUCUUUAAAUUAGUACCAAGACGUAACUUCCUACUCGAUUAUCACUUUAAUUCCAUUUUUGAAAAAGAAUUAAAACCAGUCAGAAAAAAUAGUACCUCACAUGUUUAUUAUGAUGGAACCGUUUCAGCAUUUGCUUAUUAUAACUUAGAUAGAAGAGCUAUGGUUAAUAUUAUUAAUGAUUAUUUCGAAGCAAAGAAAAAAGAAUUAACUGUUAUAGUAUCUCGUAUGAAAACAGAUAUGCUCAGUCUUCAAAAUGAAGAAUCAAAAAUACCAAAUGACAAAAGUGCAAAUUCAAAACUAGCUACAAGAUUAAUGAGAAAAUUCAAGGCUGAAAUUAGAGACUUCUUUAAAGAAAUGCGUGUACAAUAUGCUAAGUUAAUCAACAUACGUUACAGAUCUCACUUAAAGAAAAACUACUUUACCUUCAAGAGAUUAGAUUAA